CUCCUGGGCGUCCGGGGCAACCCCGUGCCUUGCUUGCCCAAUGAGGAAAAGGCGCGGGGUGGGGCGGGGCUAGGGCCGGAGCGGAAGUGGUGCCCGGAGCGGAAGUGGAGCUGCCGCCACUGCCGCCGCCGAUUCCGGAGCCGGGGUAGCUGCCGCCGCUGCCGCCACUGCAGCCGCUGCAGUCUCCACCGCCGCCACCUGAGGAGUGGGCUUGGGAAGGAAGCGGUCACUGAGUUUGGAGCUUCUCUUGGAAGCGUCUUUGCCCUUUGUAGACCUUCCACGGGAAUGACAAUGGAUAAAAGUGAGCUGGUACAGAAAGCCAAACUUGCUGAGCAGGCUGAGCGCUAUGAUGAUAUGGCUGCAGCCAUGAAGGCAGUCACGGAACAGGGGCAUGAACUCUCCAAUGAAGAGAGAAAUCUGCUCUCGGUCGCCUACAAGAAUGUAGUAGGUGCUCGCCGUUCUUCCUGGCGUGUCAUUUCCAGCAUUGAACAGAAAACAGAAAGGAAUGAGAAGAAGCAGCAGAUGGGCAAAGAGUACCGUGAGAAGAUUGAGGCAGAGCUGCAGGACAUCUGCAACGAUGUUCUGGAGCUGUUGGACAAAUAUCUUAUUCCCAAUGCGACACAACCAGAAAGUAAGGUGUUCUACUUGAAAAUGAAAGGAGAUUAUUUCAGGUAUCUUUCUGAGGUGGCUUCUGGAGACAAUAAACAAACCACUGUAUCGAACUCCCAGCAGGCUUACCAGGAAGCAUUUGAAAUUAGCAAGAAAGAAAUGCAGCCUACACACCCAAUUCGACUUGGCCUGGCACUUAACUUCUCAGUCUUUUACUAUGAGAUUCUAAACUCUCCUGAAAAGGCCUGCAGCCUGGCAAAAACGGCAUUUGAUGAGGCGAUUGCUGAAUUGGAUACGCUGAAUGAAGAAUCUUAUAAAGACAGCACCCUGAUCAUGCAGUUACUUAGGGACAAUCUCACUCUGUGGACGUCAGAAAACCAGGGAGAUGAAGGAGAUGCUGGGGAGGGAGAGAACUAAUGUCUGUCGUGCUUUGUGAUCUGUUCAGUGUCACUCUGUACCCUCUACAUAUAUCCCUUUGUGCGAUAAAAAAGGAAAAAAAAAGAAUCGUACAUCGACUUUCGAUUUUUCACAGCCUCAGCCUAGCAAAAAUGGUUCAUAGGAUAAACAGCUGGUAUUUGUACCUAAAACUCAGAUCGGUCACAUAAAUGCCACGGCAUUCUGAAGUCUUGAUUUUGAUUAACAUUGACAGGAUUACUGUGUGUUUAAAUUUUUUUUUUUUUUUUAACUGAACACUGUGAUUAUGGGGUUUUGUAAUUUAGCAGAAUUCUUACUGGUAGAAAAAAUAGACCUGAAUUAUGUGUAACAUUUUGGAAAGUUUAAUCUGAUAUCAAAAUAGUCACUGAAAUACAAUUCCAUUGUAAAGUUGUACAGAAAGUUAUAGAGAUUAUAUUGUGAUGCUGGGACUUGGAGUGAGACACCUAUCAUUUGGCAUUCAAGUUUAAUGGUAAUUCACAGUAAUUCUGCUUGUUCAGAGCUUAUAUGCACUUGACCAGUUUGGAGUGUUGCCACUCAAAAGUUCAUGACCACAAAUGUCCACAGUGUCUUCCUCUAAGAAAACUCAAAGCCUGAAAUUCUUGUGGCAGAUAACUGGCUUAUGACACCUUGAAAGUUAUAGUGCUUUUCUGACUAACUCCCCUUUCCUACAGCAGUGUGUUUACCAAUUUGCAACUUGUGCUUUAAUAGUAGAAUCUGUUCAUUGUUACCACUAAGCUAAAGAAAAAAAAAAAAAGCCGUGUGUUUUAUGAAUGGCCUUAUCUGUUUUCUGGAUAAUAUCUUUAAGAAUAAUGUUCUGAGUUAGGCACAGUGGUGCUGCCUAUAGUCCCAACUACUUGGGAGGCUGAAACAGGAGGAUCACUUGAACCCAGUUCAAAGCUGUAGUGCCAGGCUAUGAAUGCACCUUUGAUUAGCCACUGCACUCCAGCCUGAGCAAUAUAGCAAGACCUUGUCUCUUUAAAAAAAAGAAAGAAAGAAAAAAUGAUCUGUAGAGAUUGCCUUUCACUUGAGGAGUACUCAGUCUUCAGGUUCCUUCUAGCUCGGGGCUUUUAAAUUUUGAAAUCUAAACAUUCUUUCCCACUAUCCUUUGUGACUGUUGACUUUGGUUUUCUCUUUUUAAAUUUAUGUCUUUCUGCUUCCUUACAUUUUUUCUUUUUGAAUUCUAUCUUUAUCUGUCUUAUGUUCACUUCUUAAUGCUAUAUAUGGGCAGGGGUGAGAGACACUGGUGAGCACUUUGGUGAGCAAGCCUUGCUUUAAAGAGUUGAGAAGAGCUUCUGGCACCAUAGCUCUGACUUCCUCCGGUUCUCAACAUGGUUGUGGCUCUUCAGUCAUACCAAGAUCUGAAUCAAAAAAGUAUUUUUAAAUAUCCAUGAUUUCUCCCUGUAUCGCAGCCGACCCUGAUAAUGCUUGUUAGUACCUAUCACCAGAUCUCCCAAGUGUACUCAUCCAGCUCAGUUCUCAGAUGUGUUUAAACAAGACCCUAUAAUGCAGGGAUGUUGUGAGGACACUGCAGUGGAGAGAAUCAAGAAUAGCCAGGUCCGUCGGUCUCACAGCAUCACCCCUCUACUGUUAACAUUCCAUGUAGCUAUAGAGUUCAUCUGUGCCCAUCUGCUGAAAUGAGAAAAGAAAAACUCAUGCACUGAUUUAAAACAAACCAAAAAAAGAAAAAAAAAGUCCCUCUCUCCUUUCUAGCUGAACAAAAAUGUGCAGUUAAUACUUGGCGCUUGAAAAUGCAGUAGUGAAUGUGGAAACAAGCCUGUCUGUAUAUCUGGUAGCUCUUUCUUGCUUUGUUUUUCCUUGCCAGUAUUCUGCCUAAUGUUUGCUUCUGUGAUGGUUAUAUGCCUAGCAAGCACACCCGUGGUUGUGAAAAUAGUAUAGCAAAAAACAACAAAAAAAGAAAAAUCCCCGAUUAUUGAUGUACUAGAUUUGUGUAUGUCUUUUAAACAGUUCUAGUUUCACCUUACGCAAAAUAAUCAGGAAAAGUGUAAAAAUUCAAAAGUGAAAUAAAAAGUUUUGUCAGUUA